UCUAUCUAUUCGGUGAGUCACUUCGCCGCUCUUAACUUGUGGCAUAGCAGCCGGCUGCAGCCUAUUCUAGUCUCCUUAUACAAGUGGGGGCCGCUGUUUAUUGAACCUCAUUCAGUAGUCUUAUAGUUGGACUUCUCUGUUAUUAACUGAGCCGCUUGACACAAAGAAACUGCAAGAUGCCCAACCAAUCUAACAAUGCCUCAGAGACACUUGUAUCAGUGUUUUACACAACACAUUUGGUAUCGUUUGUGUUAAUGGUGUUUCUGAGCAUCACGACAGUAGUUGGCAACGGCCUGCUUCUUCUAGCGACCUGGAAAGAUCCUUUUAGAAGCUUCCGAAACCCAACCUCAAUCUUAGUAGCAAGUCUUGGGUUUGCCGACUUCUUGACGGGCUUGAUUGUCGAUCCUCUGGCCGCGUCAAUAAAUCUCAUGGCUUAUCUGAAGAGGCUUCAGGUUAGGGAAGACCAGAUUUAUAAACAGAUUGCUAGUUUUUCGUUUUCCUUUAGUCUGGUAACCAUGAACGCGUCAUUCAUGACAGUAUUGGCUUUGACUUGCAUCCAAGUGAUCGCUGUGUCAUCCCCUCACGAGUACAAAGACAAGAUCACUAAAUUAAAAUGCCUGAUCUGUGUGGUUUGUAUUUGGGGUUACACAACCUUGUUCUCAUUGCUACCUGUGAUGGGGGUCAGUACGGAUAUUACCGCUCAAUUAGACCUUCACAUCAAUACUUCCACUGUACUGCUCGCUUUAGUUCUGGCCUACGCAUUUCUGUACAGGUCGUACCGCACUCAUUUGGAUUCUGAAUCCAUGAGACGAAGUGGCACGAGCCAGUUUCAGCGGAGACGAAACCGCAGGCAGUUCACCCUCUUGAACCUUCUUCUCGCUGCCUUUGUCAUUGUUUUUAGCCUUCCAAUCGAAGUCUUGGGUCACUUAAAGUUCUACUGGACGUCGUCAAACCCAAAUCAACGUCUAAAAUAUCUUAUUGCUUAUACCAUAGCUGGUGAUAUCAUCUUGCUUAAGUUUGCACUGGAUCCUUUUGCGUAUGCAUUGAGACUGCCAAAAUAUCGCUUGGCAUUUAAAAACAUCCUUUAUCGUUCGUCUUAUAGAGUGCCCCAGAGUUCACAUCUUGGGCCACCAUUGAGGUCUUCUUAUGAAUUCGGUGUAGACUCUCGUGUCACGGGAAAUGAAGUAAAACAACUUGGAGUGAGUGUGAAGGAAGACAAAACUGUACCAAGUGAGUUGGCAGUGUGAGAAAUAAACUUGACUUGAAGGA